AUGUUCCAAAGCUUUCUACUCUUAUGGAUCUUAGCAUCUUCUGUACAAGACUCAACAAUGAGCACGGCGCAAGAAACAGCAAGCUGCGGUACCAAGACAUGUGGCAACCUGAUUAUCUCGGAUCCAUUCUGGCUUGUCCAAGAGCAAGAACUGGAAAGGCCAUGUGGUUUAGUAGACUAUCAGGUUUACUGCUAUAGAAACAGCCCGUUCCUGAGGAGCACCAUCCACGAUGGGUUUGGAAUCCAAAAUAUCUUCUACAGGAACCACACCUUCCUCGCUGCUGAUAUUAACAAAAUGGAGGACUUCAACCGCUGCCAAGUUCCGAUCACCAAUACAUCCGUCAAAAUCGGCUUUCUGCCAUUCAAUAUCAGCCAUGCCAACCGAGAUCUGCUCUUCUUCUAUGAUUGCAUCGGUAACCCGGUGGUGACGCAGCUGCGACAUGGACUUGUGCCCAUGCAUUGUGGCAACAACUCAUUUGUUCAUCUCGGACGAGGGCCCUACAAUGCUUCUCAUGACUAUGCAGAGUACUUCAUAGAGGGUUGCAAGACCACCCUUGUGCCAGUACUGGGGGCAUCAGCAAAGACAGCGAACGCAGGUGAUUACGAACAAUUAAUCAGGGAUGGUUUUCUGUUAUCAUGGCCAGUGGUACCUGAUCAGUUUCCAAGACAAGGUACGAUUAGCAGCUAUUAG